GAACGCAGCAAUUGGUUUACACAAAUCCUGUCCGUUAAUCGCUGCUCGCGCUUCUCACACCGGCUCGGCUCGGCUCGGAGGGAUUCAGACCGAUUCAGACAUCAUGCCUGAUGCAGUCAUCUGUGGGUGGUGACAAACUAUAGCUAUAGCGUGAAUAUACAAUCAGUGUGACAAACACGCGCACACACACAGCGGUGGAGGAACGGAGGACGCAGCUGCUGCUCGAUGGCGAUGAAAAUGGAUUUAAGUGCGACCAUAAAGCAAAUGGAGACGGGAGAGCAAGACACUGCUCUGACGGCUCUGCAGAGCUACAACAAGGAGAUGGACCACUGCUUUACAUUCUGCAAGGAAGACGAGCAGGAGAGAGAGCUUCUGGGGGCGUUGGUGGUCGGUUUCCUGAAUAGGGAGUUGCAGCCUUCCUGUCAGCUGGCCUGUCUAGAAACAGUUCGAAUCCUGACCAGAGACAAACACUGCUUGGAUUCCUUCAUCAGCCGCUCUGCCAUGUCCACUCUUGCCCGCUACGCUGGCAUUGCCGUCGUGGCCGGUACUGGUGCACCUGACCACAACCAGCUGGUGGAGGGCCAAGUGGAGGGUGAGGGAGGAGAGAGGGAAGAGGCAGCAGAAUUAUCCAGCGAGGUGGAGAAGGAGGCCUCCCCUCCUUCAGAGAACUCUGACCAGGAAGUGAUCGUCGAGGCUCUCAAGUCCAUCAGUAACAUCCUGCUGCACAACGAGACAGGACAGGCGGUAGCAGCAGAUCUACAGCUGAUAAAGGGCGUGGCAGAGAGGCUGAAGCAGUGUCAUGAUCCCACCUGGAUCCAUGAGGUGCGUUUCUUUGACCUGCGUAUCACCUUCCUGCUGACUGCCCUGAAAGUGGACGUCAGGGCACAGCUGGCUCAGGAGCUUCACGGCAUCAGUCUGCUAGGCAACCAGUUGGAUGCUGCUCUGGGUCUGUGUUGGCCAGAUACACUGGAGACAGCCAGGGCAGGGUUCGAGGACGUCCCACCCGAACAACUGCCCCCACUGAGCCGGGAGAAGACAGAACUAGCCAUGGAAAUACUGAAAAUACUGUUCAAUGUCACGUUCAACACGGCCAGGCGCAAGGUCGACGAGGAAGAGGCAGCAGAGUACAGACAUUUGGGAGCCAUACUGAGACACUGUCUAAUGAGCCAAGCGGACGGAGACGAGCGGAACGAGGAGUUCCACAGUCAUACUGUUAACCUGCUAGGCAACCUCCCUCUGUCCUGUUUGGAUGUACUGUUGUUGCCCAAAGUGCAACAAGGCUCCAUUGAGUACAUGGGGGUCAACAUGGAUGCCGUCCACAUGCUGCUGGAAUUCAUGGAGAAAACACUUGACCGGGGACAUAAGCUGAGGGAGACCCUUCUCCCAUCGCUGAACUUGCUGACCGAGAGUGCCCGAAUCCACCGAGAGACCAGAAAGUUCCUCAGGUCAAAGGUGCUGCCCCCACUGCGUGAUGUGAAGAACCGGCCAGAGGUGGGCGAUGCUGUGAGGAACAAACUAGUCCGUAUUAUGACACACAUUGACACUGACGUCAAGGACUGUGCUGCCGAAUUCCUCUUUGUUCUCUGCAAAGAAAGUGUUUCAAGGUUCAUUAAGUACACUGGAUACGGUAAUGCUGCCGGUCUGCUGGCUGCCAGAGGACUGCUUAGGGGGGGCAGAGACUCUGGGAUCUACUCUGAAGAUGAAGAGUCCGAGACAGAGGAGUACAGAGAGGCCAAGGCCCAAAUAAACCCAGUAACAGGAGCUGUAGAGGAGGAGCAGCCCAACCCCAUGGAGGGAAUGACAGAGGAGCAGAAAGAAAUAGAAGCCAUGAAGCUGGUUCGCAUGUUCGAUAGACUGUCAAGGACCAAUUUGAUCCAGCCCAUGCAGCUCGGUAUGGACGGGAAGAUGAGCGAGAUUCCUCCAGAGGAUCUACACAAACUGGCCCACAAUCCUUCGUUCCAGCCAGAGCAAGAGCCACGAAAUUCAGACAGCGAAGACGAGGCUCAGUAAUCACAGAAGCACAACGGCACAAAGCGAUUCAGUUACCGUGACAGCCGCGGAACACCUGUCUCAUUAUUUUAUUUAUUCACGUCACACGGCCGCCCAGCCGGUUCCUGCUCACUUAUUCUGAUGGGAGGUGAAAAACGGGAAGUUGUUUUAGUCCAUGAGCCUGACCCCCCAAAAUUUGGCUGUCGUGCCACUUUGGAGGGACCAAAUCUCAUAGUGAUUUUUUGGACUAAAGGUCUAUGUCCCUAGCGUUGGAUUACGACUGUUGUUUUUCAUAAAGAUGUUUUAUUUUUAGAAGUGAAAUGUAAAACUGAAGACAGAUUAGUAAUAAUUCAGAUUUAAAAAAAUGAAAUUCACAUUAUAUAUCAAAUGUAUCCUCCUUUAUAUUGUUAUUGUAUAGCUGACUAUCAUGGACUAUAAUAUACAUUAAAUGUGAUAUUAAAUGAUGAA